AUGUUAGGGCUACAAGUACUCUACCACUCACUUCGAGCACAUAUUGGAACUGUCACCGUAACGCAGUUCUUAGCCAUUAUCUGUGGUCUACUAACAACUCUGGCUUCGGUUGUUUUUACCGUCAAGACAAUCCCAGAGACGAGCACGAUCUCGUUACAACAGAAGACCUGGUUUGGGUCUGGAGAGAUGAGGAACGCUACAGAACUCAGCCGCAAGAGGCAGACUCUACGCAGCCUGGUUCUUCGUCAGGGUGACGGACUUCUCACAUACCCCAAAAACACGUACGAUACUCUUGUCUUUCCAACAUUUGGCACCAGCGAUGGAUUAGACCCUUCGCAGAAUAUUUCAAUCAAGGUCAACAUGUCAGUUGCGAUGCUGAAGCCCAACUGCUGGAUAGUGCCUCCAGAUGUUUAUAACCUGACAAAACUGGAACGGAUCGACGACUCCGACGGUUACUUCACAGUUCAGCCCCAGAUCACCGAAAGCUUCAAUUGCCCUAAUGGGAGUCAAGCUCAACUCUCCCAAACCAUCGCUUUCGUCCUUGGCGAAAGAAAGUCCGACUACGUAUACUUAGCAACAGGAUUAGACUCUCCAGAGGACCUACGCAUCGUGAAUAGGUCUUGCGGCUUGAGUCUCCGCGAUACCGAUAUCAUCCCGGCUUCAACCAAAUUCAUGACCUACGCCCUGGGAAAAUAUUCCCAAGAACAAGAAAAAUUCUUACAUCUCUCUAUCACAAGAUGUCAGUAUUCCUGGGUUGAGUUGCCCACCGAAGUCAAUUUCACCUUUCGCCAUGGGGAGUUUGUCUUGAAUCCAGGGGAUUUACCACGACCGGAUGAGUCUCGAGCUCAGCCCUGGGGCAUGCCUUUCAACAUACCAGACAUCCAUGAUGCACUCCCAGAAGUAACAGCGAGUGACGCUUACGCAGGGUACUUCGACUCCUGGUUUAGAAUACUGUCUGCCCCAUUUGGCCGAUUUUCUUUGGAUGCAUUCGGGGACCCAAAUUUCGAAGAAGAAAUCCUUAAAGACAUACACCACCUAUACGGGUUCCUUGCGGCUCAAAUAGUAAACUUCGAGAAUCGCAUUGACAUCACCCAGAAUUCGAAAGACAGCCCUCCGCCAACCCCUUUCAAUCUGACUGCCAACGUUAUCAACCUCAGUCGUCGCCGCCUUGUCCAGGAUCCGAUAGUGACCUACGUAAUCAUAGGGAUCUUGACUUUGACGGCACUUCUGAGUCUAUUGAUGUUGAUCACUGAUUCGCUCGGCACGGCCUCGUCGAAAUCGCAAAUAUUCAGCAUGAGAAUCGAGGGCCUUGCACCAGAUGGAUACAACAGCAUAGCCGCAAUGACCGCCCUCCUCAGAGACUCAAACGCAAUGGACCACCUCCCCGAAGGCGCCGAGCACAUGUCCAAGAAGGAACUCCACGAAAAGCUCUCCGGUCUCCGGUUCCGAAUGGGUUGGUUCUGGCGCGAGAGUACACAGACGCGGCACUAUACCAUUGGCGUCUUGGAUGAUGAGAACUUUGAGUUCCUGGGAAACAAGGAUGACAUUGCGAGGGAGGAUGCGUUGUUGAGGUAUCCUCCUGAAUGA